CUCUCCAGCAACGCCGUGCAGCAGUUGUUGACAGAGCGCUGAAGUAGAGGGAUUGGGUAGCAUUUUUUUUUACAACUCGCUGCUAGUUGUGUUUUGACAUUAAAUCCUGGAAAUGUGCUGCUAUGAGAGGUUUUAAAAGGCCGAGCAGCUAACGAGAUAAACACUGGAAGGCCGUUACGCUGUCAGAUCUGGCGGGUUUGAGACCUGGAUCCUACUGGCGUGUGUAGCCGAAAGGCAGAGCUGCAAUGCUGUGCUGGGGAAAUGCCUCCUACGGACAGCUAGGCUUGGGUGGGAUUGAUGAGGAGAUUGUGGUGGAGCCGCGAAAAUGUGAAUUCUUCCACGGGAAGCAAGUGUGUGAUGUGGGGUGUGGCCGCAGACACACAGCCUUCCUGCUGGAGGAUGGGACAGUGUACACCUGUGGCUGCAAUGACCUGGGCCAGCUGGGACAUGAGAAGUCCAGGAAGAAACCAGAGCAGGUUGUGGCCUUGGAUGCACAGAUCAUCGUGGCCGUGUCCUGUGGAGAGUCCCAUACACUCGCCCUGAACGACAAAGGACAGGUCUUCUCAUGGGGUUUGGGAUCAGAUGGACAACUGGGGUUAAAUAACUUUGAAGAAUGUGUUCGUGUGCCUAGAAACAUCAAAACUUUGUCAGAUGUACAAAUUGCUCAGGUAGCCUGUGGGUAUAGGCACUCCCAUGCACUUUCAAGAGGGGGCCAAGUGUUCUCCUGGGGUCAGAAUCGAUAUGGCCAACUUGGGCUAGGAAUAAACGGGCAGAACGUUUCCACACCCCAGAUCAUUCAGUCUCUGCAGGGCAUUCCUUUUGCUCAAAUAUCAGCAGGUGGCGCUCAUAGCUUUGCCCUCACCCUCUCAGGAGCGGUGUUCGGUUGGGGGCGCAACAAGUUUGGUCAACUGGGCCUCAAUGACAGCAAUGAUCGGUAUUUCCCAGCCCUGUUGAAGUCCCUCAGAUCGCAGAGAGUGAUUUACAUCUCCUGUGGAGAAGAUCACACAGCAGCACUGACAAAAGAAGGAGGUGUGUUUACAUUCGGAGCAGGAGGAUACGGACAGCUUGGACACAACUCUACAAACCAUGAAAUCAACCCCAGGAAAGUGUUUGAGCUCAUGGGAAAUGUAGUCACGCAGAUUGCAUGUGGAAGGCAGCACACGUUGGCUUUCACACCUUCCUCUGGAAAGAUGGAUUCAUUUGGACUCGGAGGUAACGGGCAGCUUGGCACACGUUCUACCUGCAACAGAAAAAGCCCUGCUCAAGUCAAAGGUCCCUGGGUAGCCGCCAGUACUCCAACAGAUACAGAUUCGGGACAGAGCUGUUGUGUCAAGAGGAUUUACGCUGGAGGAGAUCAGAGCUUUGCUCACUAUUGCACUGCCAAUGACCUCCGCAAUGUAGAUGACGUGAGGAUACAAGAUCCCCAAAGAAAGAUUUGCUCUUUGAGUGAGGAUAUCAUACAGAAAUGGUUGAACCACUCACCAGGAAGACUCCCGCAAGAAGUGUCCAAUGAGAUUGACCUCGUGUUCUCCUCAGCAAGCUGCCUCAAUGGAUCUUUCUUGUCGACAAGUCAUCCAGAUCACUACAGUACCAGCAGCAAAUGUUCAGGAGUGGAUAUGAACAUGGCUCGUCUGCUGUUCCACAGAGUAAUCCCACAAGCUCACCCUGAGAUUGCUCAGCAGAUUGCUGCCAGUCUGGAGAAGAACCUCAUUCCCAGGCUGAGCAGCUCUCCUCCAGACAUUGAAGCCCUGAGACUCUACCUCACUCUUCCAGAAUGUCCUCUCUUUACAGACCGAAACAAUUACGUGACCAUUGCUAUCCCAUUUGCCAAAUCCAUCAUCAGCCUAAAAGAACCUCCACUGAAGGUGCUAGGAAACUGGUGGUCCACAUUUGAGCCACCAGUCUUCCAGCGGUUGGUUGAGCUGUACAAGGAAGUGGUGGUGUAUCUGCUCCAGAUGCACAAGGUGGGCAUUCCAUCAGUAGAGCAGAGAAUAUUCACCUGUUUCCUGGACACAUCCCUCCGACUCCUGGAGUUCCUGCAUACGGUGAGUGAGAGAGCAGGGCACAUCAUUCAGUAUGACAGAUUCUACAUUCACGAGUUGGAUGACCUGAUAGACAUCAGAAAUGACUACGUCACAUGGAUUCAGAGGCAGAUGUAUCCAAUGGGUCACGAUGGUGUGGUGACUCUGUGCAGGUAUCCAUUUGUGUUUGAUGCCCAAGCAAAGACCACACUGCUUCAAACUGACGCUGUCAUACAGAUGCAGAUGGCAGUGGACCAGGCGCAGAUGCAAAACUUCAGCUCCAUGUUCCUGCCGGCAGUGGAAUCUGUCAACCCGUGCCUCAUCCUCAUCGUUCGGAGGGAAAAUAUUGUUGGAGACACCAUGGAGGUCCUCAGGAAGUCCAAAAAUGUGGACUACAAGAAACCACUCAAGGUGAUCUUUGUGGGAGAAGAGGCAGUGGAUGCAGGAGGUGUGAGGAAAGAGUUCUUCCUCCUGAUCAUGAAAGAGCUGCUGGAUCCCAAAUAUGGAAUGUUUCGUUACUACGAGGAGUCAAGGCUCAUUUGGUUUUCAAACAAGACCUUUGAGGACAUUGACCUGUUCAACCUCAUUGGGGUCAUCUGUGGUUUGGCCAUUUAUAACCUCACUAUAGUGGAGCUCAACUUCCCCGUGGCCCUUUACAAGAAGCUCCUGAAGCGGAAACCAACACUAGAUGACCUGAAAGAGCUAAUGCCGGAUGUGGGAAGGAGUCUGCAGCAGUUACUAGACUACACAGAAGAUGACCUCGAGGAAACCUUCUGCUUAAAUUUCACAAUCACAGAGGAAAACUAUGGUGCCACAGAGGUCUUGGAGCUAGUGCCUAAUGGGGAAGACAUCAAUGUCAAUAAAUCAAACAGGCAGGACUUUGUCAAUGCCUACGUAGACUACAUUUUCAACACCUCAGUGGCUCCACUGUUUGAGUGCUUCUAUGCAGGCUUCCACAAAGUGUGCGGUGGGAAAGUUUUGGAGCUGUUCCAGCCAAACGAACUGCAGGCCAUGGUCAUCGGCAACACCAACUAUGACUGGACAGAGCUUGAAAAGAGCACUGAAUAUAAAGGUGAAUACUGGACUGACCAUCCAACCAUCAGGCUCUUCUGGGAGGUUUUCCACGAUCUACCGUUAGAGAAGAAGAAACAGUUUCUAUUGUUCCUCACAGGAAGUGACCGCAUACCCAUCUUGGGCAUGAAAAACCUGAAACUGGUGAUCCAGCCGACUGGUGGAGGGGAGCAUUACUUACCUGUCGCCCACACCUGCUUCAACCUGCUGGACCUGCCCAAGUACACGAGUCUAGAAACACUCCGAGAGAAACUUCUACAGGCUAUAGAUCACAAUCAAGGCUUUAAUCUUGCCUGAUAGUACACAGAGAUGUCUAGAACUCCAUGUUUAGACUGUCGAUGGCAACCACAUUCCCAAGUGUUUUGUUUUGCAGAUUUCAGCCUGAAUUCUGCCGUGAGAAAUGAACACUCGUUGGAAAGAGGAGGCCACAUGACGCUAGAAAUGAUUGAGGUGGAUGUCUAGACUUUCACAUUAAUGUUGAUUUCCAGCUUUUUUUCUUGCCGACACAGUACUUGAUGACCUACUACAAGGUGAUUCACAUUUGAUAUUGUUCUUGUAGAUAUGCUUUUAUUCAUGUUUGGAUAUAACAAGUAUGAUAAAGCAAACUACUGCUAUUUACAGCACAGGGGCUUACAUGCACCAACAUAAACUCCCGUAAAAUACCAUCAGUGCAGCAGCGUACACCUUUGUGAAGCUUCUAAUCUCAUGUAAUGGCAAAAUGUUUCUGUUUAUCAAAUCUUAAAAUAUAAUCCCAAGGUAACCUAAUUAAAAUCAGAAAGGGUUUCAACACUUGAAGCUACACUUUGGGUUGUACGUUCUGCAUACUGAAGGCAAUCACACUGUAUUUUACCAGAGUUAACGAUGUUGGGUCCAACCCCUGUUCAUUAAAUGUUUGAGUCUAGACAAUGUAAACUAACUCUCUUUAUGUUUGACAUAAGUUCUGUUGUGACAUUUGAUUGAGAAAGGUGUGAAGCACUUGCUUUAGAUGCUGAGUGGAUUUUCUUGGCUGUAUGCCUUAAACAAUCCACAAAUAAAAAACAAAGUACAGCCAAUGAAAUAAACAGGUUACUUUGAGGGUAAA